CCGUCGCGCACCCAUGUGACAUCACCCGGAGCUCAUCUCCUAUCUACGCCUGAUCUACCUGUUCUCCCAGUGCUGUCCCCCUGCCCGGGCCCUCUCUUCAUUGGUUUUAUUUGGUUUGCGAAGACGAAGAGCCGAGCCAGGCGGGAAGAUGAGCAACUCGCGGCAGUAGUGGCCGCGCGAUUGCUUCACGUCCGGCUUCUGCGACUCUUACCGACUCGAGCCGAGCGUUGUACGAAUACGUCGAAAUAUAAGCAGAGCCUCAAACACAAUCGCAGAACCCGAAAAAAAAAAUGCCCUUACCCUUUCUUGGCCGGCUGAACAUCGCCGAAUAUGUCGCUCUCGUCGGCUCCUUCUUCCUCGUCGGUCUCGAGGCCCUCAUCCGGAUUCUAACGCUGGCGUUACCUUCCUCGCUGCUGGACCUCUUCUACCGCGCUUCGCGACGGCUCUUUAACCGACUCACCUCGCCGGCGCAGAAGAGAGCCGAGCAGAGACGGAAGUCCAUCUCGACCUCGAUCCGAAAUGCCUCCGACUUCGUCGAUCUGUGCGCCACCUUCGGUUACACUGCUGAGGAACACGUCGUGCAGACCAAAGAUGGCUAUCUGCUGGGAAUCCACCGCCUGGCCUGGAGGAAAGGCGAGGAGGAUACCGAGAUCAACGACGGGCCGUCGAGCGUCCGUAAGCCCGUCGUCUAUCUCCACCAUGGCCUCCUGAUGAAUAGCGAGGUCUGGGUCUGCCUCACCGACGAGAAGAGGUGCCUGCCCUUCGUGCUGGUAGAGAGGGGCUUCGACGUUUGGUUAGGAAAUAAUCGCGGAAACAAGUACUCCAAAAAGUCGAUCAACUAUCCGCCCACCUCCAUCCGAUUCUGGGACUUCUCGAUCGAUCAGUUCGCCUUCCACGACAUCCCUGACUCCAUCGACUACAUCCUAGAAACGACAAAGCAGGCGUCCUUGUCAUACGUCGGGUUUUCCCAAGGCACCGCCCAAGCCUUCGCGAGCCUAGCCGUGCACCCUAAGCUUAACGAGCAGGUCAACGUCUUCAUCGCGCUGGCUCCGGCCAUGGCGCCCGCCGGUCUCAACAACGGCAUCGUCGACGCCCUCACCAAGGCUUCGCCUCAGGUUCUCUUCCUUAUGUUUGGUCGUCGGUCCAUCCUCAGCUCCGCCACCAUGUGGCAGUCCAUCCUGUACCCGCCCAUAUUCAUCAACGUUAUCGACAUGGGCAUGUCCUUCCUGUUCGGCUGGAGGACGAAAAAUAUCUCCUUCAGCCAGAAGCUGGCCGCGUACCCGCACUUGUACUCCUUCACCAGCACCAAGUCCGUCGUCCACUGGUUCCAGAUCAUCCGCAACCAGUCGUUCCAGAUGUACGACGACGACGUGCCGACCCCUCUAUCGAUCAACACCUCCAACAAGUACACCAAAGUGGCCAAGUAUCCGACUCGCAACAUCCGGACGCCCAUCGUCCUCGUCUACGGCGGCAUCGACUCCCUGGUCGAUAUCAAGGUCAUGCUGAAAGAGUUGCCCAACCGGACCGUGGCCACCGAAAUCCCGCAUUACGAGCACCUCGACUUUUUAUGGGCGCGCGACGUCGACACGCAGGUCUUCAAGCACGUCUUCGAUGCCCUCGACAGCUUCAAAGACGCAGAGCACUCGCCGGAAGAGUUCGAGAGCUAUCGGCGGGCACGCAACGUCAGCCUAUCGGCUUCCAAAUUCCUCAAACACACACAUCGUAACAGCGACGCGGUCGAGUCCGAUAGCGCGUCCGUCUUCUCGUCGAACGAGCGCGAGGGCAACGGCGAAUGCUCCUCGGGCGACCAGGACAAGGCGCGCGAGCGCUCUGCGCAUUCGUCGCUAGCCUCCAGGCUGCACUCGGACGCCAAGAAGUCCUCGAUCCGCCCGAUCGCCACGAUCGACGAGCACGCCGCCGCCGCCGCCUCGGCCUCCCCGGAUCGGCCGGGCUCGCGGGGCUACGACGAGACGAGCGACUCGCCCGGCCCGUUCACGCCCAGCUCCCCGAGCCGCAGCCGGCAGAACCGCCGCAGCGCCAGCGUCGCGAGCAACCUCAGCGUCGACUCCAUGAAGCAAGGGCGCGGAAUCAAGAUCGGCGCCGCGAAGCCGACCACAAGCAGCAGCAGCGACGAGGGCCGGGGGCACUCCCGAUCCGGCGUCCCCAACGCGUAGACAUCUCGUUGUAUAUAUAUUCCCGACGUGCGCCAGCCGGGCACGGAGCAAAUCGGUAUUGUUUUUUUCAAGGAGUUCCGAGGACUUCGGGUAUGCCCUACCCGAUCCGAUAGAUAUAUAUAGAUGGUCCCGGUCCUAGUUCUGCAUCGGAGCGGUCGCGCAUUCUUACCGAGAGGCACAGACCCCGAAAGGUCUUGCGAAGAGAAGACCGCGCUUAUUACGGCGAUAGAUAGGAAAUAUUUAUAGAUAUACAUACACAGACGUCAGGUACAGUCGCUGCCAUACUUUGGGGACAACUUAACCCCUCGCGUCCCAUCCCGUGAUGUGUCUCGCGAGUUUACUAGGGAACAACAGCCUACUGGCCCGCUUACUUCACCUACCCCUGCGUGGUCCCCCCCUUCUCUCCUUUUCGCAUUCUUCGGCUUUCCCCGCCGUCGCGAUCGCCAUCAAUUACCACUCACCGACCUAACUCGAAACGAAGCCUCACCACCAAACCGACGCGGCGGGCCCAAGCAGAGUCAAGUAGCAGCAACGCCGCCGCUCUCGUCCCACCGGAUGCGCAUGGUCGCCGGCGCCGGCGCGAAGGCGCCGUGGUCGGGCGUCAGGUAGGCCGUCAGGCGGCCGUCAGCCUCCCGCCCGACCUGGCCGCGCCAC